AUGGUGAGAUGGACCGAUGGGAAUGUGUGGGAUAGGGGCAAGCCAUUUUUUCAGAACCAUCAGUCAUAUAUAAUCCGUCGUCAUAUCUGCCUGCCGACUCCUUUUCGAGGUGACACACCAUCUGCUUUCUAUCUUGUCCCAUCAAACACCAAAUAUCCUCAGAACCCAACAGAAUGUUUCCUCCCUCGGUCUCCAGAGAAGCGCGCCACACCGCCUGCGCGCGGUGUCGAGAGCGAAAAGUACGCUGUGAUGGCGAAAAACCAGGAUGUCGACGCUGCCAACGUCACGGCCAAGAUUGUCGGUAUAUCAUGGGCAGGAAGCAGCGGAGACGUUCACAACUCAACCACCUGGUAUGAUAGUGUCAUGAUUGAGAAGUGGAGCGUUGCACUUUUGGCUGACUGUGAUGUAGGGAAGGUACUAGCGACAUCCACGUCAAUUCUAAAGGAGGAAACGGAUGGAGGCCAUGAGGUAUGUGGCCACGAGCAGGAAAUACCCUUCUUUCCCUAUCCCUCACCGACUCCGUACUAUAUCCCUGGAAUGGAACCUGUUUCGGAAACAUGCAACAGCCUCAACGACUCCGAUAUCUGGACCUCAGAGAUCUAUUCCACUCCGGUAGUAACUGACGACUGCUUGGAUCCGGAGCUUUUCAAAUCACCCCCAACAAUGAAUUCAACGCAUACCGGGCUGAAUCCCGCAGCCUAUCGUAACAUAAACACUCAAGGCCAUGAAGCGCUCUCCGCAUAUGGUCAAGUUCAGAAUCGGUUCGAUACAGCCAUUUCGAAUAUUUCGUCAGCCGCACCCCUUGCCCGUAUCAUAUCCCCAUCUCAGUCCCAUCUCCAUCGACUCACUAUUGAUAAUAUAGCUCUUUACCUUAUCCCACAAACUCAACGCAUACAGCGACUACUACUACCAUAG